UCAUUCACCCGCUCGCAGCCUCACUCCGUCGGCGUGCUUUUGAGGGGACGGGUAGUAGGAGUACCACGAGUUGCCGGGUGAAACUGUAACCACUGGUCGCUUAUCACUGCUGGGAGGAGGUUGGACUGCACGUUCAAUUUAAAACAAUUGUAGACUGUAUUUCCAGUUUCCAGUGUUGCAGAAUCGUUAGGUUCCCCCCGCAGCUGAUUUCUGUAAUCACUCGCCUCACUGCACAAUCUGAUAGCUGGUCACCGGCUGGGGGAGAGUUAAGGUGUUGGUAUUAACUACUCUGUGAGCACUAGUUAGACCUUGUUAGAUCACAGCCAUCCCAGUCCACACCCGGGAAGGCGAAGUGGGCCGGAGCUGCGCUCCGCUGGAAAGGCUGUCGGCGUCUCUACCUCUGCUCGCCGACCCACACCGCCUUAGUCCCUCUUUCCCUCACCCCACUGUCCCUCCGAAACGCUGGAAAUCCACAAGCGGCCGGGGGGCGGCGACGGGCCAGCGAAGCUGGGGGUGGCACCGGAGCCGCACGGUGUCGGAGCGGCCGCGGGGAGGGUCGGCCGUGCGGAAGGGACGGCAGCGAUGGACGGCUUGUCGGUGGAAGUGCGCGGCUCCAACGGGGCCUUUUACAAGGGUUUCAUCAAAGACGUCCAUGAAGACUCUCUCACCAUAGUCUUUGAAAACAACUGGCAGCCUGAACGACAGUUGCCCUUCAGCGAUGUACGAUUGCCACCCCCAUCCGACUACCACAAGGACAUCGGCGAGGGAGAGGAGGUAGAGGUGUACUCCAGAGCCAAUGAGCAGGAACCGUGCGGCUGGUGGCUGGCCAGAGUUCGGAUGAUGAAGGGAGAGUUCUAUGUGAUUGAGUACGCUGCCUGUGACGCCACGUACAACGAGAUCGUGACGUCGGAGCGGAUCCGGCCCGUCAACCCCAACAGCCCUUCGUCCCGCGGCUCCUUCUACAAGGUCCCCGUCGCCGUCCCUGAGGAUCUGCGGGACAUUUGUGUGAAUGACUCCGUGCACAAAGACUUCAGGAAAGCCAUCGGUGCAAACUGCAUCUUCUACAGCUCCGCAACCCAGGAGCUCAUCGUCCUGUCCACGAACGAGUCGACGGUGAAGCGGGCGACGCUACUGAGCGACAUGCACUUCCGAAGCAUCCGCACCAAACUGAUGCUCAUGUCCCGGAACGAGGAGGCCACCAAACACCUGGAGACGAGCAAGCAGCUGGCCUCCGCCUACCAGGAGGUGGUGCGCGUGCGGGAGGACCUGAUGGGCCUGGCCAUCGGCUCGCACGGGGCCAACAUCCAGCAGGCGCGUAAGGUGUCUGGCGUGACGGCCAUCGAGCUGGAGGAGGAAAGCUGCACGUUCAGGAUCUACGGGGAGACACCUGAGGCUGUGAAGCAGGCCAGGGUGUACCUGGAGUUCAGGGAGGAUUAUUUCCAGGUGCCCAGAAACCUGGUUGGGAAGGUGAUUGGGAAGAACGGCAAAGUGAUCCAGGAGAUCGUGGACAAGUCAGGCGUGGUGCGUGUGCGCAUCGAGGGGGACAAUGACAAGAAGCUGCCCAGGGAGGAGGUAGGCAGGCAGCCAGCCGACGAAGAGGGCAUGGUCCCCUUUGUCUUUGUGGGCACUAAGGAGAACAUCAGCAAUGCCCAGGCCCUGCUGGAGUACCACGUAGCAUACCUGCAGGAGGUGGAGCAACUUCGAAUGGAGCGUCUGCAGAUUGACGAGCAACUGCGACAGAUCGGGGUGGGGUACCGCGCCCCCGCUGGCCGCUCGGGGGGGCCGGCGGCUGGGGAGCGUGAGCGGGGCUACCUGACGGACGAGAGCACCAGUUCUGUCCAUGGCGGGCGGACCUACGGCGGAAGGGGUCGGGGCCGCCGUGCCUCCAACAGUCAGUACUCUGGAUACGGUACCAACUCGGAGUUGUCCAAUGCCUCGGAGUCUGAGGACCUCAGUGAGCGGGAGCCAAGGCCCCGUGGCACCGGUGGAGACGAGAGGGGCUCCCGACGGGGUGGCCGGGGGCGCGGCAGCACCACUGGUGUGGUGCGGGGUCGUGGAGCGCCAGGCAGCCGGGCGGCAAACCACACCAUCAGUUCUGUCCUGCGGGACCCCGACAGCAACCCCUUCUCUUUGCUGGAGGGGGAGGGCGAGGCGGGCGGAGACACGGACGCCAGCGAGAGCAUGGGCAGCGCCGGAGACCGCCGGAGACGCUCACGCCGUCGCCGUAACGACCAGGAGCCCAGCGUGAUGGAUGCGGCAGCUGAGUCCGACAGCCAGGCCGGGGCCAGUGAGAACGGGCUGGAUGAGGACGGCAAGCCCCAGCGGCGUAACCGGAGCCGGCGCCGGCGUAACCGUGGUACCCGCCCCGAAGGAGGCUCUCUGAGCCGCGACAGGCAGCCCGUGACCGUGGCGGACUACAUCUCCCGCGCAGAGUCCCAGAGCCGACAGACCCUGCCUCAGAAGGAAACGCAGGCUGCACCCGAGCUCAAGAACAACGGGAGCAGUGGCCAGGAGGAGCACGCCCCUGCCAAGCCCCCCCCCAGCAACGGCGUAACUGCGCCUGGUGAGGCGCUGGUCAACGGGGUGUCCUAAAGGGCCGGCCGCGCCCCUUCAGCCCUCGCCUAGAGCCAGACCUCAUGGCAACACUGACCCUGCUUGCAUUUACUUAAACCUUUAAAACAGAUGAGUGAGGAAAAAAAAUCGACAGUGCUUCAGUUCAUAUGGUUGAAAAGUGACAGAGCAUCUACUUAAAACACACGUAUGUGUAUGUUAUUCUAUCUAUCAGUACUUAGUGCUUAUUUAAAACUAGCUUGCCCAAAAAGAGCUGGUGGACGUGACUCCAUUUAUAAGAUACUGAACACAGAUACAGGACGUGACUUUUUAUUUUAUUUUAUUUUUUUACCCCCCCUCCCC